ACUCUAAGAAGGAAUGAGUGAUAGACCUGAAGCAAGUCUUAGGAGUAAGUGUGGAGCUCUAUGUAAGUGUGGCAAAAUAAUGGUGGCAUGUAAAGGAGUGUGGACGCAAGCCUUCUGGAAAGCAGUUACAGGAGAGUUUUUGGCCAUGCUCAUAUUUGUCCUGCUGAGCCUUGGAUCAACUAUCAACUGGAGCCCAAAGGAUAACCUUCAGCCAGCAGACCUGGUCCUUAUUUCUCUUUGCUUUGGACUUUCCAUCGCAACCCUCGUACAAUGCUUUGGACAUAUAAGUGGAGGCCACAUUAAUCCUGCGGUCACUGUUGCAAUGGUUUGCAUGAGGAAGAUCAGCCUUGCAAAAUCAGUCUUUUAUAUUGUAGCGCAAUGCUUGGGGGCAAUUGCAGGUGCAGGAAUUCUCUACUUGGUGACUCCAUCAGACCACGCUGGAAAUCUUGGCGCUACCCUGGUCAAUAAGAAGAUCUCUUCCGCUCAUGGACUCCUCGUCGAACUGAUAAUUACAUUUCAGCUGGUAUUCACUAUUUGCGCAAGCUGUGACCCAAAGCGUAAAGACAUAACAGGAUCAGUAGCACUGGCCAUUGGAUUUUCUGUUGCUAUAGGACAUUUAUUUGCUAUCCCUUACACAGGAGCCAGCAUGAAUCCAGCCCGAUCCUUUGGUCCUGCUGUCAUAAUGAAUAAAUGGGAAAGUCACUGGGUAUAUUGGAUUGGACCAGUUCUCGGUGCCGUCAUUGCAGGAGCCCUUUAUGAAUAUGUCUACUGCCCAGAUCCUGAGCUGAAGAAUCAUUUAAAGGAGGUUUUGAAUAAAGCCACACAAUCAUCCAAAAGAAAAUACAAAGAGGUAGAGGAGAACAAAAGCCAGUUAGAGUCUGAUGAUUCGCUUAUGAAACCAACCGAGGUUCAUGUCAUUAAAGAAGAGAAAGACAAAGAGCCGUCUGGCGAGGUAUUAUCUUCUGUAUGACUAGAAGAAAGCAAGGAAAACAGAGAACAUCCUUCUCAAGUUCUUCCAGUAAAAGAGACAGAUAUAUUGUGAAAGUGGAGAGUGGCAUUAACAGACUCCUCAUCAAAGGCUUGUCUCAAAAACAUUUUGUACUUAUGGGUACACCGAAAUGAGCAAGCCUGAGUAAUGCUUAGAUUAAAACUAUAUAAUAUAUUUACACUUUGAUUCAUUUGACAAUGUCUUGUGGCAAAAGUAAGGUAAUAAAAAUGAUCCUUAACAAUAAGUCAAUACUGAGCCUGAAAAUCUGCCAGUUAAGCAUUUAGAUUGACAAUACACAUUAGUUUAUGGUACCCACUGGCAAAUACAGACAAAUGCUCUUCCUCUGGCACAUAAUUGGCCGUUGUCAAGACUGAUUAAGACACUUCCCCUUUAUUCUGUUUCCAGAAACAUAUUCAGAACAGCAGUCAUUUAUGGUAAAUAAAAUGUAGGGUGUGAAAUUGAUAUUACUGCAAGAAAUGUAGCUGUUGUAUAUAAUAAAUGCUACGUCUAAUGCUACGCUUUGUCCAGCUCGAAGUAAACUUUUGAGAAAUAUUUUUCCUGUAGAAAGUGCCUUGCUGAAAAGCAUUUAAUGGCUUCAGGAGGUAGAAGAAUCUUUAAGUAGCAGCCUCUGUUGCCUGCCCAUGCAUCUUUCUGGGAGUUUGAUCUGUUGACUGACUCUGGCAAUUCAUCACAACUGUAGAAACUCAUCCGAAUCAUCCUCUAAAAAUAGAAAAACAUAAAUCCAAAGAUAA